UAAAAAGAUUUCUAGGGAAUAACUACCAGUCGUAUAUUUUACAUUUGUGUCUUUUCAUUACAAAGACAUAAAGUUAUGAUACAUCUGUUUGUUUUUGUGGAAUUAUAUUUCUCUGCACAAUUAUCUCCCUGUCUUUUUUAUGUUUGUCGUACUAAAAUCUAUGUCCUAAUAUUUUGACGCAAAUAUAGCUUAUAUUAUCCAUUAAAAAAACAAAAAAAUCACCAUCUUUGUUUUUAUUAUCAAGUUAAGUUUUUUUAACUUUGUUCUACUUCUCCAGUUCUGUGUUAAAGAAUUAAGUAUAAUAAUAAGAAAAUUUUGCACACCAGAUUAGAGUUCCAUCCUGAAAUUUUCUAGCAUCAAAUCUGAGGCAGGCAAUUGAAAUUUGCAUGACAUGGAGGGAGGUUACCACGCAGACAGGACAGAAUUCUCAGAGUGUUGGAGGAUCACAUGGAGGACUCCUUAUAUUAUGCGUCUUGCACUCUCCGCCGGUAUUGGAGGUCUCCUUUUCGGAUAUGACACAGGAGUAAUUUCUGGGGCACUCCUUUACAUUAGGGAGGACUUCCCUGAAGUAGAAAAGAAAACAUGGCUGCAGGAGACUAUAGUGAGUAUGGCUGUUGCAGGUGCUAUAAUUGGUGCUGCAAUUGGUGGCUGGAUCAGUGAUUCCUUUGGCCGCAAAAAGUCAAUUCUGUUGGCAGACAUAGUCUUUUUCCUUGGUGCAAUUGUAAUGGCAGUAGCUCCAGCUCCAUGGGUGAUUAUUAUUGGAAGAAUAUUAGUUGGUCUUGGGGUUGGGAUGGCUUCCAUGACUUCGCCACUAUACAUAUCUGAAUCUUCACCUGCUAGAAUCAGAGGGGCACUGGUGAGCACAAACGCCUUGCUGAUUACAGGUGGACAAUUUUUGUCGUACCUCAUCAAUCUUGCUUUUACUAAGGCUCCUGGAACCUGGCGUUGGAUGCUUGGUGUGGCAGGCUUUCCAGCCAUGGUCCAGUUCGUUCUCAUGUUGUCUCUUCCAGAGUCUCCUAGAUGGCUUUACAGAAAGAAUGAGAUAAAUGAGGCUAGGUCCAUCUUAGAGAAAAUAUACCCUGCUGAAGAAGUAGAAGGAGAGUUGAAGGCCUUGCAGGAGUCGGUUGAAGCGGAAAUAGCUGAGGAAGGAGAACUUGGUGACGGAUUUAUACCAAGAUUGAAGGGUGCUCUUAAAAACAAAAUAGUCCGCAGAGGACUUCUGGCUGGUGUCACUGUUCAAAUCACUCAACAAUUUGUCGGUAUAAACACUGUCCUGUACUACAGCCCCACUAUUGUUCAGUUUGCUGGAUUUGCCUCAAAACAAACAGCUCUAGCCCUUUCUCUUGUCACCUCUGGUCUCAACUUUGUUGGUUCCAUGAUAAGUAUGGGAUUUGUGGAUAAGUAUGGUAGGAGAAGGUUCAUGCUUGUCUCCCUAGUUGGAAUCAUUGCAUGCCUUGUGGCCUUGGCAAUAGUGUUUUACCAGGCUGCUGCAACUGCUCCUGCUAUUAGCAGCAUUGAAUCCACUCACUUUGGUGGAAACACCACAUGUCCAGCUUACAUCUCAGCCCCGAAUUCUCAAUCAUGGAAUUGUAUGUCAUGUUUGAAGGCACCAGAUUGUGCCUUCUGUUCCAGCAGUACAAAUAAGCUUCAACCAGGAGCUUGUUUGGCUUCAACUCCUGGUAUCAAAAGUUCUUGUCGCGAGGAGAAACGAACUUGGUACUCAGAAGGUUGUCCCAGCAAAUUUGGAUUCUUGGCAGUAACAUUCCUAGGCCUUUAUAUUAUAUGCUAUUCACCUGGAAUGGGGAGUGUUCCAUGGAUUGUCAACUCAGAGAUAUACCCUUUGAAAUACAGAGGGACUGGUGGAGGAAUUGCUGCAGUGACUAAUUGGACUGCAAAUCUUUUGGUUAGUGAGACUUUCUUGACCCUCACCAAUGCUUUAGGCUCCGCUGGAACUUUUCUACUAUUUUCUGGAUUCUCGGCCAUUGGAUUUGUAGCCAUCUAUUUUGUUGUGCCUGAGACCAAAGGACUGCCAUUCGAGGAGGUUGAGAAGUUACUUGAGAAAGGAUUCAAACCCAAAGCAUUUCGUUCCAAGGAGAAGAAGGAAAUUAGCAAGGAGAACCAUGCUUCUUCUUCUCAAUCAGUCUAAAACUACAUUUAAUCAUGUGUCCCCAUGAAACAACGGUUUUCAUAGUGUGUUUCAUGGGGGCUUUAGUAUUAUUCCAUAUAGUUUAAGUUUUCAUUCAUAACAAUUUCUCAAACUUGCGUGAUCAUUCCCCACUUAUUUAUUCAACACACAAAACUCUAUCCUCUAAUGAAAUUUAAGUUGUUUUUAAUUUUGCUA